AUGACAGCAAGAGCUCUUCAUUAUGUCUUCAAAAUCGGCGACAGAAAAGCUUCGUAUGAGUUCUUCACAAAAACCCUACGAAUGAAGGUAUUGCGGCAUGAAGAGUUUGAGGAAGGAUGCAAAGCAGAAUGUAAUGGGCCUUAUAAUGGAAAAUGGAGUAAGACAAUGGUGGGAUAUGGCAGUGAAGACGAUCAUUUUGUCCUGGAGUUGACCUAUAACUACGAGAUCGGCUCUUAUCGACUUGGCAACGACUUUAUGGGAAUUUUCAUUGAAUCUGACGAUCUUCACAAGUCCAUCGAACGGCUCGGCAGUGCAAAAAAACUUCCCUGCGGCAAGCUACAGAUAACAGAUCCGGAUGGUCACUGGUUCCUCAUAUGCCCUGGAAAGGGAUCUCCAAAAGUAGUAAAAGUAGGCGUUAGAGUACAAGAUGUGAAGAAAAGCGUUGACUACUGGACCAAUCAGUUGGGAAUGAAAGUAGUUGAGGAACGAGAUGGAGGACGUAUUACCAUGAGCUAUGGGGAAGGCCAAUGCCGUCUCGAA